AUGGUUCAACUGAACGGCUCCUACAAGCUCGAGAAGAGCGACAACUUUGAUGCCUUCCUCAAGGAACUCGGCGUCAACUUUGUGACCCGAAACCUCGCCAAGUCGGCCAGCCCCACCGUGGAGGUGAUCGUCGACGGCGACAGCUACACCAUCAAGACCAGCUCCACGCUGAAGAACAGCGAGAUCAAGUUCAAGCUGGGCGAGGAGUUCGAGGAGGACCGCGCCGACGGGAAGAAGGUGCAGACCUCGGUCACCAAGGAGGGCGACAACAAGCUGGUGCAGGUGCAGAAGGGCGACAAGCCGGUGACCAUUGUGCGGGAGUUCAGCGAGGAGGGCCUCACCGUCACCGCCACCGUCAACGGCGUCACCUCGGUGCGAUUCUACAAGCGCCAGUAA